CAAGAUUGUUGCCCCAGGUGUAAAUGUGUUCACACACAGUUUGAGCUCCCAAACGUUCACUCACUCCACUUUGUGUUGUGUCUCUCUCUCAGCUCCGAUCUCUCUGAACUUCGAUCCUGACACAGCGAGUCCCUACCUCAUCCUGUCUGAGGACCUGACCAGCGUGAGACACGGAGACAUUUGGCAGCAGCUCCCUGUCUCCCCGAAGAGAUUUGAUCACUGUCCCGGUGUCCUGGGGUCUGAGGGCUUCACAUCAGGGAGACAUUACUGGGAGGUGCAGGUGGCCAACAAGACUGAGUGGACAGUGGGAUUGGCCAGAGAGUCUGUUAACAGGAAAGGAGAGAUCACUUAUGCACCAGAGAACGGAUACUGGGUUGUGUAUCUGAGAAACGGGAAUGAAUAUAAAGCUGGUACCUCAUUUCCCACCCGCCUGCCCCUGAGAGAGAAACCCGGGAAGCUGGGAGUUUACCUGGAUUGUGAAGGGGGACAGGUGACGUUUUACAACGCUGAUACCAUGUCUCAUUUCCACACUUUCACACAAACUUUCACUGAGAAACUUUAUCCUUACUUCAGUCCCGCUUUGAAUGACGGCGGCAAAAACUCUGACCCUCUGAGGAUUUGUCGGUUGACAGGUUAAUAAGGAGGAAACCCUCAGCCAUGACCUGUGUUUGGCUGUGAUGGCCACCAGGCUGAACCUUUUAUAAUCUGUGUCGUUAUACAAUAAA